UCCAAGAUUUAUUGUUCUUGUUCAUAAAAUCAAGCUUAGUACCAGUUUAAUAAAAACAAAUUCACAUUUUUGUGCUUUUACAUUUCAGACUAAAGAUAGUGGUGUCAAGUGUCGUUUUCCUACUGAAUUCCAGUUCAUGAAAUAUCUCCAAUAUAAAAUACAUAUGGAACAUCAGUUAAUUAAUUAUGUAUUAAGUUCUUUAAGCAUAUAAACAUAUAGUGCCUUCAUUUCUCACCACAACAGGAAGUGGUGAUCAUGCACUGUUGAAUUUGCAUCAAAUCAUUUGUAUUAUAGAGGUUCAGGUGCUAUAAAAGUUGUUUUUUUGCUCAAGAACAAGUUGUGUUUAAGAAUCCAGCAGUCAGUGAGCAGAAACGUGGGCCUAGAUUUUUUCCUGGUAAAGUCACCUGACACCAUGAGGGUCUCCCUGUUUCUAUAUACACUGGGGAGCAGAGACACUCGUCCUCUUAUUUCGCCUACCAGGAGAGGGGAAGGAGAGCUGGAGAGGAGCUCAGGCGCUGUUGUUGUGUGCUCGCUGAACAUAUAGCACCACUUAAACUCAGUAAAGUCUCAAGUCUUGAACAUCUGACAGCUCAAGAUGUCUAAAGGACCAGCAGUGGGAAUUGAUCUGGGCACCACAUAUUCCUGUGUGGGCAUAUUCCAGCAUGGCAAAGUGGAGAUUAUUGCCAACGACCAAGGAAACAGGACAACACCCAGCUAUGUGGCCUUCACAGACUCUGAGAGACUGAUUGGUGAUGCUGCUAAAAAUCAGGUUGCCAUGAACCCCACCAACACUGUGUUUGAUGCUAAGCGACUGAUUGGUCGUAAAUUUGACGACCCAGUGGUGCAGUCAGACAUGAAGCACUGGCCCUUCAAGGUUGUCAAUGAGUCAACAAAACCCAAGGUGGAGGUUGAAUACAAGGGAGAAGUGAAGACUUUCUACGCUGAGGAGAUUUCCUCAAUGGUCCUCACCAAAAUGAAGGAGAUCUCUGAGGCUUAUCUUGGCAAGCCUGUGAACAAUGCUGUUAUCACAGUUCCUGCUUACUUCAAUGACUCCCAGCGUCAAGCAACCAAAGAUGCUGGGACCAUUUCUGGGCUUAAUGUGCUGCGCAUCAUCAAUGAACCCACUGCUGCAGCCAUUGCCUACGGCCUGGACAAAAAGGUUGGCGGUGAACGUAACGUCCUCAUUUUUGACCUUGGGGGUGGCACUUUUGAUGUGUCAAUCCUCACCAUUGAAGAUGGCAUCUUUGAGGUCAAGUCCACAGCUGGUGACACUCACCUGGGUGGUGAGGACUUUGAUAACCGCAUGGUUAACCACUUUAUAGCUGAGUUCAAGCGCAAAUUCAAGAAGGAAAUAAACAACAACAAGCGAGCUGUGCGUCGUCUCCGCACAGCUUGUGAGCGUGCCAAGCGAACCCUCUCUAGCAGCACCCAGGCCAGCAUUGAGAUCGAUUCCCUCUUUGAAGGCAUAGACUUCUACACCUCCAUCACCAGAGCCCGUUUUGAAGAGCUCAAUGCAGAUCUUUUCCGUGGAACCCUUGAGCCUGUGGAGAAGUCCUUGAGAGAUGCUAAAAUGGACAAGAGCCAAAUCCAUGAUAUUGUCUUGGUUGGGGGCUCCACACGAAUCCCCAAGAUUCAAAAGCUGCUGCAGGACUUCUUCAAUGGCCGUGACCUCAAUAAGAGCAUCAACCCUGAUGAGGCUGUGGCCUAUGGUGCAGCUGUACAAGCUGCCAUCUUGGCUGGUGAUAAGUCUGAGAAUGUACAGGACCUGCUCCUGCUGGAUGUCACCCCUCUGUCCCUGGGAAUUGAGACUGCUGGAGGAGUAAUGACUGUUCUUAUCAAGAGGAACACCACCAUCCCCACCAAGCAAACCCAGACUUUUACCACCUAUUCAGACAACCAGCCUGGUGUGCUUAUUCAGGUCUAUGAAGGUGAGAGAGCCAUGACCAAAGAUAAUAAUAUACUUGGAAAGUUUGAGCUGACUGGUAUUCCACCUGCUCCCAGAGGGGUCCCUCAGAUUGAGGUGACCUUUGACAUUGAUGCCAACGGCAUUCUUAAUGUGUCUGCAGUCGACAAAAGUACUGGAAAAGAAAACAAGAUCACCAUCACUAAUGAUAAAGGACGACUGAGCAAGGAGGACAUUGAGCGCAUGGUGCAGGAGGCCGAGCAGUUCAAGUCUGAGGAUGAUGCCCAGAGGGACAAAGUCACAGCCAAGAACUCCCUCGAGUCUUUAGCCUUCAACAUGAAAAGCACUGUGGAGGAUGAGAAACUGCAGGACAAGAUCAGCCCUGAAGACAAGAAGACCAUUGUGGACAAGUGUAAUGAAGUCAUUGCCUGGCUGGACAGGAACCAGACGGCGGAGAAGGAUGAGUAUGAUCACCAACAGAAAGAACUGGAGAAGGUGUGCAACCCCAUCAUUUCCAAGCUGUACCAGGGAGGAAUGCCUGGAGGGAUGCCAGGAGGAAUGCCAGGAGGAAUGCCUGGUGGCUUCCCUGGUGGAGCUGGAGGUGGCUCCUCCUCUGGUCCAACCAUCGAGGAGGUGGACUAAAUUCUCCAUCUACUGUGUUUAUUCUAAUAAACAAACUGA